AUGCCCUGUGGCUUUCCACCCUCAAGGUCGAGGGUGGAGUUUGAUAGUUUCUACAGUACCCACUGUCCCUUCAUUGCUACUGCAAAGAAUAGCACAGAGGCAUUUAAAACCCAAAUGCAAUUCAGCGGUCGCCACCGCACAGAUCGGAUUCUUUUAGCUCUGACAACUCGCUCCGCUCUCUCCGAGACCAUGUCUGAUAAACCCGAUAUGGCUGAGAUCGAGAAAUGUGAUGAGUCGAAAUUGAAGAAGAUGGAAACACAAGAGAAAAAUCCACUGCCUUCCAAAGAAAUGAUCCAACAGGAGAAGCAAGCAGGCGAGGCGUAGUAAGGCGAGCGCCGCCAAUAUGCACCGUACAUUCCACAAGCAUCGCCUUCUUAUUUUACUUCUGUUAGCUGUUUAACUUUGUAAGAUGCAAAGAGGUUGGAUCAAGUUUAAAUGACUGUGCUGCCCCUUUCACAUCAAAGUAUCCAGAACUCCUGACAACGAAGGCCACGCCUGCCUCUCCCAUCUGCCUGUCUGGCUGGCAGGGAAGGAAAAGAACUGGCAAGUUGGUGAAGAAAGAAUCGGGGUGGGACGACAGUGA